AUGACCAUGAACUUGAUCGGCGCAUCCAUCUGCGAUGAAGAACUCAUCGUCCAAGGCGAGGCAAGAGACAUUCAGCUCCCAAACACAGAACAUGUCUCCCAGAUCUCCGUCGACGUCGGCGGAUCGCUUGCCAAGGUCGUUUACUUUUCUCGUAUACCCGGCACGAAGGGCGGCCGUCUGAACUUUCGCAAGUUUGAGACGGAAAAGAUCGACGAAUGCAUUGCCUUCAUCAGCCGGCUGCUGGAGGAAUCAAGGGCGAACAGACCCGGACACGAGUUUGUCAUUAAGGCCACAGGAGGAGGAGCACACUUGUACUAUGAGCGACUCAGGGAGACUCUCAAGGUCAACAUUCAGCGCGAAGACGAGAUGGAGUGCUUGAUCACAGGUCUCAACUUUUUGAUCACCGAAAUCCCCUUUGAGGUCUUCACCUACAGCGAAACUGACCCAAUGUGUUUCGAGGAGACCCCUGAGGACCCUUUCCCAUACAUGCUUGUUAACAUUGGAUCAGGAGUCAGCAUUCUGAAGGUGACAAGUGCCACAACCUUCGAGAGAAUCAGCGGAACGUCCACGUUUGAUGAAAUGUUGGAAGCAAGCCAGGAAGGAGACAACAGGAACGUUGAUAUGCUGGUCGGAGAUAUCUACGGUAGCGACUACUCCAAAGUAGGACUCAAAUCGACCACAAUCGCUUCCUCCAUGGGCAAGGUCUUUAAGAAGAACGUUGAUAAGCGCCAAUUCAAGCCGGAAGACAUCUCUAGGUCGCUUCUCUACAUGGUCAGUAACAACAUUGGACAGAUUGCAUACCUGAAUGCCAAGGCGCACGGACUGAGCAAAAUUUAUUUCGGAGGAUGCUUCAUCCGAGGUCACCCAAUUACCAUGAACACGUUGUCGUACGCCAUUAACUUCUGGUCCAAAGGAGCUAUCAAGGCCCUUUUCCUUCGUCACGAAGGAUACCUUGGAGCUGUGGGUGCAUUCAUGAAGCACCGUAGUUCUCGUCGCAACUCGAGGUCGUUCACGCUCUCUGAGCACGUGGCCCAAAAGCUGGCCGAUCCAGAUAUGGCAGAUCUCGAAGUGACCCUUGCACAAGAUACCUUAGAUGUAGUUGCCGAUGAAGAGUCCGAUUAA